AUGGAUAUCGAAAAGAAUUCCUCAAUGGCAAUCAACGCAAUGGGAAUUGGGGCAGUUUUAAGUUUUUUUGGUUUUCUAUUAACCUCAAUUCCCUCUCAUUUUAUUACCGUAUCAAGUUUAUUCAAAAAAAUUAUUGGGAUUUUGUUUAAUCCUUCAACACAAAUUCUCAAAUUUGAAAUAGGUUAUAUAACUGCUAAUCACUUUGGAAGUGAAUUUUUUGAAAACUUUUGGUCUACAGAUACAAUUAGAAACAAAGAAAUGAUUAGAUUAAUUUUUGAUCGUUCAAUUAAAAGAUUAAAUGGAAAAAAUAAACAUUUGGUGGAAAUAACAGAAAAGGAAGUUUAUGAUAUUUAUCAUCCAAAAAUGACAAUAACUUAUGGUUAUGGUAAAGGAGUUGUUAAAAUAAUGAAUUGGAUGAAAAGAAAAUUAAAAAAAGGUUAUGCUUUUUUGACGGGGAAAAAAUUUAAAUUGAAAUUGUUUGAGCAAAUAAAUUUAAGCAAAAUUGCUUUGGAUUUGUUUAAUGAAGAAGAAAUAGAGGAUUCAGGCUUCUUUCAAGCUAAACUGGAUGAUUUACAGUUGAAAAUGAGAGAAAUGCCUAGAAUGGAUUCUGAUAAAUGGGAGAGUUUUUAUGAAAAAACAUGUAAGUUAGGAGAGCUAAAUGAGGUGCCAGGAGGUAAAAAUUGAAAAAAAGGUGUGUGUAUAUUGGGGCAGGUACUAACCUGCCCACUUACAAAAAUUAUCAUAAUUUUACUUGAAGCUG